GUUUCCAUGGGUUAACUACCAAGAUGAAAAUCUCAACGUUUCUAUUCCAGUUUUUAGUAUUCAUGGCAAUCACGAUGAUCCCACAGGGGCAGAUGGUCUUUGUGCUUUGGACAUAUUAACUUGUGCAGGAUUUAUUAAUCAUUUUGGACGAUCACCAUCUGUAGAGAAAAUAGAAAUUAGUCCCAUUUUGCUUCAGAAAGGAAAUUCAAAGAUCGCUCUUUAUGGAUUAGGAUCUGUUCCCGAUGAAAGACUAUAUCGGAUGUUUGUCAAUAAACAAGUAACCAUGUUGAGGCCGAAAGAAGAUGAAGAUAGAUGGUUUAAUCUGUUUGUAAUUCAUCAGAACAGGAGUAAACACGGCGCCACAAACUAUAUUCCAGAACAGUUUCUAGAUGACUUCAUUGACCUUGUAAUCUGGGGUCAUGAACAUGAAUGUAAAAUAUCUCCAACCAGAAACGAACAACAACUUUUCUAUGUUUCUCAGCCAGGAAGUUCGGUGGUUACGUCUUUGUCGCCAGGAGAAACUGCCAGAAAGUGGAUUACAGCGGAGGCUUCGAACCCUUCAGCAUGGUCCGUUUCAGCCAGAAGUACAUGGAUAGGGUAGCUAAUCCAAAAGACAUCAUACAUUUUUUCAGGCAUCGGGAACAAAAAGAGAAAAAUGAAAGUGCAGCUUUCUCUUCUGACCGAGAGGGGAAUGGGGGAAGCCGUGCAAGAAUUUGUGGACAAGGAAGAGAAGGACGCUAUUGAAGAAUUGGUGAAGUUCCAGUUAGAAAAGACCCAGCGAUUUCUGAAGGAGCGGCAUACAGAUGCAGAAGAAGCCAAAAUCGAUGAGGAGGUGCAGCGCUUCAGAGAAUCGAAAAAAAAGAACACAGUGGAAGAGGAUGAGGAAGUUCGUGAGGCUAUCAACAGGGCCAAGGCCAGGUCUCAGGCGACCGGUCAUACUUCGACGAUGAGUGAUGAUGACCUCGUGGAUGAGGCCCCCUUGGACCAAAGAGUCAAUGAUGAGUCAGACGAUUCUUUACCUCCCAGCUGGGGUAGAAAGAGAGGUCGGGCGAGAGGCAGAGGACAGAACCCCUCCACCAGGGGAGCAUCUCAGCGAGGAAGAAGAGGAAGUGCCAGCCGUGAUCAGGCUGGCAGCUGCAGAACGUAUAAGCCUGCAUCUACGCCUACAAAAACGAUGUCGAUUUUGGAUGCUUUUAAGUCAUCCAGACAGCAGCCCUCCCGAAAGACGUCUGUCAAGAAUUAUUCAGAGGUGAUUGAAGAUGACGAUUCUGAUGUGGAGAUGUCUUGCUCCUCUUCCUCUACAAAUCAAAGAUUACCAACCGCAUCAACGCAAAGCCAGAGGAACUCUCAGAGCCAAGCAUCAAAAGGUGUUUCCUUUGAAUCAGACGAGGAUGAAUUAUUUGUUUCCACUUCGAGAAGAAAAAGAUGAUAACUUCCGAAGCCAAAGCAAGGAAGGAAAGUGCAAAAAUUACUUCUCCAAAUUCCGCAAAGGAGAUCCGAGAUGUUUUUCACCUGCUUCACCAUAAUUUUACACUAUUGUCCGGAAAGUGGUGGCUUCCUUGAAAAAGACUGCUUCUUACUCUUAUCUGCAACGCAACCACAAUGUCCAGCUAAAUGGGACCACCCAGAGUUAACUUGAGUGGAAAUGUGUGAAAAGGAAUAUUCCUUCUUAGGGAUGGCAGUUUUUCACAGAAGUCUUCUUGCUACUUAACCUUGUGAUUCUUAGCAUCUGCCCAGGAGUGUGAAGUUAAGGACAUUCUGGAGCCGUGUGACAGAAAAGAGAAUUCAGGAAAAAUGGCCCCUCAUUUUUCCCAACAAGGAGUCACCAAUCUUCAGUCACUUCCUUGCUCAAGAACAACCAUAAAUAUACCUGAAUGGAGAUGGCCGUUUCUGCAUCCCAACACUUAAAAGGCAAAGGAAAUGUGUCAUAGCAUUCCUUUUAAAGGGCUCCCGUGUCUUUUUUUUUUCAUUUUACAGAGGAAUCAAUUAGAACUGGUUGGGUAAGAGAACAAACUCCAUUCCUGCAUUCCAUGUUUUACAAGUCUCUCAACUUCCAUCAAAGGGGCCGUUGCCCUGAGUCAAAACUGAGGAUGGGAGUCAGUGAAAUUAAAUGCUCGGUUAUAAAACAUGAUUCCUUUUGACAAGAAGCUACAAUCGGGAGGGUUUCAAAAUAUAUAUAUAUUUAACUUUUAAAGUAACGCCUCAUAAUGGGGUGCAUAUAAAAUCCUUUCUGGGAUUUUUCAGAGGGAUCUAGUUAUAGUUUAAUAAGUUGAAACUGAGCUGGUGUCCAGAAUAGUAAACUUGGCAAUAAUUUCAUUGAUAUGCUCAGAAAGUAAAAAUGGUGAGAAACUUUCAAGCGGCCUUCGUUUGUUUUUUCCCUCCCCUGCUUAUCUCAGUGGUUUCAAAAAGAAAAAUCAGUUUGAAAACACAUCCUUUAAGGCCGAGGUCUCCAACCUUAGCAACUUUAAGACUUGUGGACUUCAACUCCCAGAAUUGCUUUAAGGUUAAGCUAACUCUGAAUUUGCAUAUGGGGCUUUAGUAGGAGAUGCAGCUUUAAAACCAUGUUGGCCUUAGAAAUAUCGUGCAAUGCAAUGUAUUUUACCACGGAAAGCCCAUUCGCUGUUGAUCACUACAUUUUAAAUGUAUUCUACAAACUCUAGAAAAAUUGGACAAAGGAUGGGAAAUGUGUGAUACGGAAUAAAGUUUUCUGACAAGUU